GCGCGAACCGCUAACUUUGCUUCCGGGGCGCUGAUGACGCGCAUUGGGUGCCGUCUACCUGCGACUAAGCCGUGAUCGGUCUGUCGGUGUUUCUUUUCCCGGCGGCGGUUUCCGAUUUUUUUCUUUCCGUUUCUCGUUGUCACCGGAGCCAUGAACAAGAAGAAGAAGCCAUUCCUAGGCAUGCCCGCUCCGCUCGGAUACGUGCCGGGGCUGGGCCGGGGUGCCACUGGCUUCACCACCCGUUCAGAUAUCGGACCUGCUCGGGAUGCAAAUGAUCCUGUGGAUGACCGCCAUGCCCCGCCAGGCAAGAGGACUGUUGGGGACCAGAUGAAGAAAAGCCAGGCUGCAGAUGACGACGAUGAGGAUCUGAAUGAUACCAACUAUGAUGAGUUUAAUGGCUAUGCUGGAAGUCUCUUCUCAAGUGGGCCCUAUGAGAAGGAUGAUGAGGAAGCUGAUGCUAUCUAUGCAGCUCUGGAUAAAAGGAUGGAUGAAAGGAGAAAAGAAAGAAGGGAGCAAAGGGAGAAAGAAGAAAUUGAGAAAUACCGUAUGGAGCGCCCUAAAAUCCAACAGCAGUUCUCAGACCUGAAAAGGAAGUUGGCAGAAGUCACAGAGGAAGAGUGGCUGAGCAUCCCAGAAGUUGGUGAUGCCAGGAACAAGCGCCAGCGCGCACCACGCUAUGAGAAGCUGACCCCUGUUCCUGACAGCUUCUUUGCCAAACAUCUUCAGACUGGAGAGAACCACACAUCAGUGGACCCCCGGCAGACUCAAUUCGGAGGCCUUAACACACCCUACCCAGGUGGAUUGAAUACACCAUACCCAGGUGGGAUGACACCUGGGUUGAUGACACCCGGCACAGGUGAACUGGACAUGAGGAAGAUUGGCCAAGCAAGGAACACUUUGAUGGACAUGAGGCUGAGCCAGGUGUCUGACUCGGUGAGUGGACAGACUGUUGUGGACCCCAAAGGAUAUCUGACAGAUUUAAAUUCCAUGAUUCCGACACACGGUGGGGACAUUAAUGAUAUCAAGAAGGCGCGGCUGCUGCUCAAGUCUGUUAGGGAGACAAACCCUCACCACCCACCAGCCUGGAUCGCAUCUGCUCGCCUAGAAGAAGUCACUGGGAAGCUGCAGGUUGCUCGGAACCUCAUCAUGAAGGGGACAGAGAUGUGUCCCAAGAGUGAAGAUGUCUGGCUCGAAGCAGCUAGGUUGCAGCCUGGGGAUACAGCCAAGGCUGUGGUAGCCCAGGCUGUACGUCACCUCCCGCAGUCUGUCAGGAUCUACAUCAGAGCAGCUGAGUUGGAAACAGACAUUCGAGCCAAGAAGCGGGUUCUUCGGAAAGCCCUGGAGCAUGUUCCGAACUCGGUCCGGCUGUGGAAGGCGGCUGUUGAGCUGGAAGAGCCUGAAGAUGCCAGAAUCAUGCUCAGCCGAGCAGUGGAGUGCUGCCCCACCAGUGUGGAGCUGUGGCUUGCUCUGGCGAGGUUAGAGACCUAUGAAAACGCCAGGAAAGUAUUAAAUAAAGCCCGUGAGAACAUCCCUACAGACCGGCACAUCUGGAUCACGGCUGCGAAGCUGGAGGAAGCGAACGGGAACACACAGAUGGUGGAGAAGAUCAUUGACCGAGCCAUCACUUCACUGCGGGCCAAUGGUGUGGAGAUCAACCGCGAGCAGUGGAUCCAGGACGCUGAGGAGUGUGACAAGGCUGGGAGCGUGGCCACCUGCCAGGCAGUCAUGCGUGCAGUGAUUGGCAUAGGGAUUGAGGAGGAAGACCGGAAGCACACUUGGAUGGAGGAUGCAGACAGUUGUGUGGCCCACAAUGCCCUGGAGUGUGCAAGAGCCAUCUAUGCCUACGCCCUGCAGGUGUUCCCCAGCAAGAAGAGCGUGUGGCUGCGUGCCGCCUACUUUGAGAAGAACCAUGGCACCAGGGAGUCCCUGGAAGCUCUGUUACAGAGGGCUGUGGCGCACUGCCCCAAAGCAGAGGUGCUGUGGCUCAUGGGCGCCAAGUCCAAGUGGCUGGCAGGGGACGUGCCUGCCGCGAGGAGCAUCCUGGCUCUGGCCUUCCAGGCCAACCCCAACAGUGAGGAGAUCUGGUUGGCGGCUGUGAAGCUGGAGUCUGAGAACAACGAGUAUGAGCGGGCCCGGAGGCUGCUGGCCAAGGCACGGAGCAGUGCGCCCACUGCCCGGGUGUUCAUGAAGUCUGUGAAGCUGGAAUGGGUGCUGGGAAACAUCGCUGCUGCCCAGGAGCUGUGUGAAGAGGCGCUGAGGCACUACGAGGACUUCCCCAAGCUCUGGAUGAUGAAGGGGCAAGUGGAGGAGCAGGAGGGGCUGAUGGAGAAAGCCCGAGAGGCCUACAACCAGGGGUUGAAGAAGUGUCCCCACUCCACCCCCCUGUGGCUUUUGCUUUCUCGGCUAGAAGAGAAGAUUGGGCAGCUGACCCGAGCACGGGCCAUUUUGGAGAAGUCUCGCCUGAAGAACCCAAAGAAUCCUGGCCUGUGGUUGGAGUCAGUGCGGUUGGAGUACCGUGCGGGACUGAAGAAUAUCGCCAACACACUUAUGGCCAAGGCCCUGCAGGAGUGCCCCAACUCUGGUGUCCUGUGGUCUGAAGCCAUCUUCCUGGAGGCCCGCCCCCAGAGGAAGACCAAGAGUGUCGAUGCCCUGAAGAAGUGUGAACAUGACCCCCAUGUCCUCCUGGCAGUGGCCAAGCUGUUCUGGAGUGAGCGGAAGAUCACCAAAGCCAGGGAAUGGUUCCACCGCACAGUGAAGAUUGACUCAGACCUGGGAGACGCCUGGGCUUUCUUCUACAAGUUCGAACUGCAGCAUGGCACAGAGGAGCAGCAAGAGGAGGUACGGAGGCGCUGUGAGAAUGCGGAGCCGAGGCACGGGGAGCUCUGGUGUGCUGUGUCCAAGGACAUCGCCAACUGGCAGCGGAAGAUUGGGGAGAUACUGGUGUUGGUGGCAGCCAGCAUCAAGAACACCUUCUGACAUUUGGGGCCUGCAGGGCUGGGGCCUUGGGCCAAGUAUGGAGGACUGUAGUGAGGAGGGUAGCAGGGCUGCUGUACUGCCCACCCUGUUCUGUAAUUAAAGGUUUUUUUAUGUCACA